AUUCUGAGCAUCAUUCAAAUGGCAACCCCCGUCAAGAUUUUGAUCCUUGUUUUUGUUAUGCUUCUCUUUUGCAAAGGCGAUUGCCAGUGUUUCCCGAAGGACAUUGAGAUUGUGCAAUCCAAAACAGGAGCCAUUGUGCAGCAGAAACCAGAGUGGAAGGUGACCAUCAACAAGAAUUGCCCCUGCGUCAUACUGAACUUGAGUUUAGUCUGCCCGGGCUUUCAGACCGUUGAGCCUAUCGAUCCUUCGGUCAUGCAGAAACAGGGGGACGGGUGUCUCCUCAACCGCGGGGAACCCGUUACAGAGCCAAUCAGCUUUUCCUACGCGUGGGACGAUUCUUAUCCAUUCAAAAUCGACCCUGGUUUCCAGACUGCCUGUUCAUAAGAGGCAAGCGGAUUAGUGUCGUUGCGUCGGAGGAAAUGCCAAAUAAGAGCUCUUUGCUAUGCUCUUCUUCUUUUUUCGUUAUGGCUUUCACGUUUGCUAGACUUUAUUGUGCUCAGUUGAUCAGAUGACAACAAAUUCACACAAUUCAUUAGCAUAUUGAGCUCUUG